AUGGACACCAAAAAUCCCAAGACACUAGCACUUGCGACAGAGCAACAACUGCAUCGUUUCAUCAGCGUGGGAGAUGGGACCGUCCAAGACCUUACGAUCGGAAGUCCCCCGACAAAAUUACAAUUCACCAAAUGGAACAUGGUCGCCUUUGCCUUUGUCAUCUGCAACAGCUGGGCCGGCGUCGCAGGAAGCAUUCAACUGGCGCUUCUGCAAGGCGGGCCCGCCACUCUCAUCUACAGCAUCGUCGUGUCCUCGAUCGCCUACAUGAGCGUCGCCAUCUCCAUGGCCGAACUGGCCAGUGUUUAUCCAACCGCAGGCGGACAGUACCAUUUCGCGUCGAUCCUGGCCCCGAAGAAGAUCAAGCAGGGCAUCUCGUACGCGUGCGGCCUGCUGUCCAUCUUCUCGUGGACCGCCAUCGGAGCGGCCGUGACCGUCAUCCCCGCCCAGCAGAUUAUGGCGUUGGUGGCGGCGUUCCAUCCCGGGUUCGAGACCAAAGAGUGGCACGUUCUUCUCAUUUACCAGGCCAUGGCUCUUUUCGUGCUUCUCAACAAUCUGUUCCUGCUGAAGAAGACUCCGUGGACUCACAAUGUUGGAUUUGCUCUCACCUUGUGCCUAUUUCUGGCGAGCUUCGUGGCACUGCUGGUCCGAUCAUCGCCCAAGGCGCCGUCGAGCUUCGUCUGGGCCACCUUUAUCAACUACACGGGCUGGCCAGACGGGGUGUGCUUCAUCAUUGGCCUGUCGACCUCGUGUGUCAUGUACAUCGGCUUGGACGCCUCGAUGCACAUUGCCGAGGAGUGCAAGGACCCGAGUCGGACGGUUCCCACGGCCAUGGUCACGGCGGUGCUGAUCGGGUGUGUGACGGCGUUUGCGUACGCGGUCGCCCAGCUCUAUGCUCUGACCGAUAUUGAGGCCAUUAUGACCACGACCGAGUACAUUCCCUGGGUGGUGAUGAGACAGGGCUUCCGAUCGACGGCCCUCGCGACCGCCUUCAUCGUCGUCGGCAUCGUCAUGACCGUCUUCAUCCUCAAUGCCGUCCAGGAGACGUCGUCCCGUCUCGCCUGGUCGUUUGCCCGCGACAACGGCCUCGUCUUCUCCUCCCGGCUGUGCAGGAUCCAUCCGACGCUGGAAGUUCCCGUCUACGCGCUCCUCCUGACCUAUGCGAUCCUGGUCCUGUGUGGAUGCAUCUUUGUCGCUUCUACUACCGCCUUCAACGCCCUCAUCAGCUCGUCGAUCGUGCUCCAACAGCUCUCCUUUGUCAUCCCCGUCGCCCUCCUGCUCUACCGCCGCCGGGGCCCCAAGUAUCUCCCGCGGACCCGGUUCUUCGCCCCGCCGCCGGCCGUCGGGUGGAUCGCCAACGUCAUCGUCGUCGCCUUCUCCCUCGUCACCACCGUCUUUUUCAAUAUGCCGGCCUUUUUGCCCACUUCGGCCUCGUCGAUGAACUACACGUGUGUCAUCUUGGGAAUCGCCCUGCUUCUCGGUAUUGUCAACUGGUUCGCCCACGCGAGGAGGCACUAUCAGGGCCCGACGAUCAUGUUUGAGAGCGAGGGCGAGGUCGAGGUCGAGGUCCAGGUCGCAGGGGAGGACAAGGAUGAAGGCCGAUGGGUAUCCGUCAGCGUCGAGUGA